AUGAUGGUCCAGAUGUGCCACCAACAUCUCCUCUUAUUGCCGCCAAAUCCGUCCGUUAUGAUGCCCUUAUCGUACUUUAUGUACUGUGUGCCUCCAUACUCCCUGUACAUCUUCCGUCGGCACCGUUUAUGGCCUCUCCUGUCCUACAGUAGCUCACUGUAA